AUGUGGCGGCGGGCGUUGCGCGCGAGGCCUCCGCGUCGGGCCCGAUCCCAGGCGGCCGGGCGCCGCUGCUGGAGUUGCGGGGCCCCGCUGGGUUCGGAGGCGCCGGGGCCCGGCUUCUGCCCGUCGUGCCGCGCUCUGCAGCCGCCGGAGCCCCGCGCGGACCUCUUCGGGGUGCUGGGCUGCCCGCGCGGCUUCUCCCUGGACCUGGCCCGGCUCCGGCAGCGCUUCCUGGCCCUGCAGCGCUCGCUGCACCCGGACCGCUUCAGCCGCCGUCCGCAGGCCGAGCGCGGCUUCUCGGAGCAGCACGCCGCCCUGAUCAACCUGGCUUACGGCACCCUCCGCAGCCCGCUCAGCCGCGGCCUCUACCUGCUGGAGCUGCGCGGAGUCGAGUUGGCGGCGGGCAGCGACGCGGAGGCCGAGCCCGGCUUCCUCGCCGAAGUCUUGGAGCUGAACGAGCAGCUGGCGGCCGCGGACUCCGAAGCGAGCUUGGCUGGGCUGGAGAGCCUUCUGGCAGCAAAGCAAGAGGCUCUUGUGCAGGAAGUGAGCAGGGCCUUCGAGCAAGAUGACCUUCACAAGGCCAGAAGACUCUUGAGCAAAAUGAAAUACUUUGCGAACCUAGAGGAGAAGGUGAAGGAAAAGAAAGCCCCUUCUUGAUCCCUCCCCCUGUUUAGGACAACACUCACGUCCCUACUGUGUGGAACAAAUCUGAUUGGUGAAUGGUAUUUUGGAGGUCAGCUGCCAUGUCAGCCCUACCAGCAGCUCUUCCUGAUUUCAUCCCCUUGACUGGCACAGCUCAGCUAUGUUCUAAAUGCGAAGACAGGAGCCAGGUGAAAAGCAGCCCUUUAUUGAGCAGGCCCUGCUCUCGAGAAGCCGGGUGGGGGGAUAUGCUCGAUGCACAGACUCCCCUGCCUUCUGCCAGGGUCUGCCUGGGUAUCUGGCAUGCUCAGAGUGGUGCAGCUCCUCUGGACCCAGCCGCCGAUUGCCCAACUCCAAACCAGCUCUUAGACCUCCCGGCAAAGCAGCUG